UUAAGUCCUUGGUAAAAAUAUGUACAGAGCUUGGUUUUGCUUGCGAAAUGAGUUCGAGCAUGCGUCCAGUGAUCCUGCGGACACGUUCAAGGACGUGUUCUUAAGGUACUCCGGGGACGGGGUCAUGGGCCCGGACCACCUGCAGCGGCUCCUGGUCGAGGUCCAAGGUGAAGUUGAUGCUACGAAAAAGACGGCUAUGCAAAUCAUAGAUUCUCAAGGGCUAGAGUGUAAACACCUAAGUCUUGAUGCGUUCUUUCGGUACCUCGCGAGUGAUGAUAACUCCCCUCUCAAUCCAUCCCUUGGAGUUCAUCAUGACAUGAAUGCUCCAUUGUCACAAUACUUCAUAUAUACAGGCCAUAAUUCAUACUUGAGGGGUAACCAACUCAGUAGCGAAUCUAGCGAUAUUCCUAUAAUCAAAGCAUUGAAUAGAGGAGUAAGAGUUAUCGAACUGGAUUUGUGGCCUAAUUCUACGAAAACUGAUAUUGAAGUUCGUCAUGGAAGGACAUUAACGACUCCGGUGGAGUUCGUCAAAUGCUUGAAUUCCAUAAAAAAGCAUGCUUUUGUGGCAUCUCCGUACCCAGUUAUAAUUACACUGGAAGACCAUCUCACUUCAGAUCUUCAAGCUAAAGCUGCAGAGAUUCUCAAGGAAAUUUUCGGAGACUCACUGUUUUAUCCGACUUCAGAAUCCUUACAGGAGUUUCCUUCACCUGAGGAACUGAAAUUUCGGAUAAUGAUUUCAACAAAACCACCAAAACCACCAAAACCAUAUUUCAAUGCUGAACAUAAUGAUGCUAAUGAUGCUAGUGAACAAAUGUCUCAGAGACAGGUUACUCAUGAAUACAAACGUAUGAUUUCAAUUUGCUCUAAAAAACGAAAAGAAAACAUGAAGGAUUCCUUAGAGUUUGAUGAGCGUAGGCCUACACGUCUAAGCUUAAAUGAGCUGUUGUUCGAAAAGGCUAUAGUUACAUGUGGAGAAGAAGUUAUCAGGUUUACUCAGAAGAAUAUUUUGAGGAUUUAUCCAAAAAUGACACGUGUUAACUCUUCCAAUUACAAUCCAAUCCUUGGUUGGAUCUAUGGCGCACAGAUGGUUGCCUUGAAUAUGCAGGGCUAUGGAAGGUCGUUGUGGCUAAUGCAUGGAUUCUUUAGAGCCAAUGGAGGGUGUGGUUACAUAAAGAAACCUGAUUUUUUGACGAAGUUCGAUCCUAAUGAUGAGAUCUUCAAUCCUAUGGAAAAUUUACCAGUAAAGAAGAUCCUGAAGGUCAAGAUUUACCUGGGAUAUGGUUGGCAUACAAAGCUCAAUCAGACUAAUAUGGGUACAUCACUCCCACCAAUCUUAUCUACAAAGGUAGGGAUCGUCGGAGUUCCAUCAGAUACAAUUGCUAACAAAACGAAGAGAAUACAAGAUUGGACACCAAUUUGGAACGAGGAGUUCGAAUUUGAACUCAGGGUUCCUGAACUUGCAUUGCUUCAAAUCAGAGUACACAAGUGUAACGUGGCUGAAAAAGAUGGGUUCGGAGGGCAAACUUGCUUGCCGAUUUUUGAGCUGAGACCAGGAAUUCGCGCAGUGCCUUUGUUUGAUCGCAAGGGGAAUGAGUUUAAACCUGUAAAACUUAUCAUGCAUUUUGAAUUUGUUUGAGAAAAUUGUUACUUACUUCUAACUUGGUUUAGGUUGAGAUGUCACGCAAGAAUCAUGUGCGGAUAAAUCAUACUCUAAAUUAAGGGCGAAAAAGUGAUUUACUCUCUCAACUGAAUAGUCCAUGUCUAAUGGGAAA